UAUAGUGAGUAUCUAGCUUUACAAUCUUUUUCUUGGUCUACACGACACUAGCGCCAAACAUUUGUGAAUCGCUGAGCAAUCUUGAACAUUUUUUGUUGUUUUGUGAAGGAAAAUUGUCUCAAGUAUCCAUGUGUGCACAUAUGUGUUAUGUUGUGUGUGCGUGGUGAUUUGUGUUAAAUGCUGAUAGAAAGAAAUUAAAAAUCAGGUAUAUUUUAACAAUGAAACUUUCAUAAAUGAGAAGAAACGCAGUGUUUGGUGUUAUCAAGUGCUAGUGAAUCCGUCGGGAGGCGGUAAUCGUUCAAGUUGGCGAAGGCACGCAGGGGUAUGAUAAAGGAGAAGGAGAAGGGCGGCGGCGCCCGCCUCAAGGACGAGCCCAGCGACCCCGCUGAGCCUGGCCACGGCUCCCGCCCGCCGUCAGCGUCGCUGCCGACCCCGGCGGCGCUGAAGAAGGAGCCCGACGAGCCGGCACACAGGGUCAAAAUGGAGCCCCACUCACAGGAGGACUCUGGCGGGGACUUGGGGGUCGAUGGGAUCAAGACUGAGAUCGACGGCCUCAUGGACAACGAUGGUGACCCAACGAAGUCUCCGUCGUGCGACAUGCCCGGGCCGGGGUCUCUCAAGUCCGAGAGGCUGUCAUCAGACUCCAACGAUAUCUUGGAUCCGCAGACCGGGCUGCGAGGAUCGUCUGGCAACAUGCAGGACGGCAACCAAAACUGCCGCAACCCGAACGGUCCGGACCUGGGCUCGUGCCGGAUGGGCGGCGGCGGGCCUAUGGGCCCCGGGGUGUCCAUGGCCAUGUCUAGCGAGGCGCAGACGCUGCCGUCGAAUGUCAUCAGCAAGCAGGCCGGGAGUAUGGAGCAGCAGAGCCAAAUCUUCGUGUUCUCAACAAUAAUGGCCAACAAGGGAGCAGAGUCUGUGAUCUCUGGGCAGCACCACUCCAUCAUAUCCUACCACUGCGCGCAACCGGGCACUAAGAAAUAUCUCGAGAAACACCCACUAAAAAUGGGUCAGUUCAACAAGCAGAGCCCAGCGCAAUGGCUGAACAACCUCGCCAUGGCCAAGACCCGAGGCGGCAUGCGGGGCGGCCCCAACAUGAUGGGGCCGGGCGGCCCCAAUCAGAUGGGGCACAUGAUGGGCCCCGGGGGGCCCAUGGGGCCGAUGGGCAUGGGGCACAUGCCCAACAUGAUGGGCGGCCCGCCGAGGAUGGGCGGGCCAGGGAACCAGAUGAUGAUGAUGAAGGGCCAAAUGGGUCAGAUGGGGCAGAUGGGACCCAUGGAUGGGUUUCCAGGGGGCACCCCGUCCUGCGGUGUCAUGGACGGCCUCGGUGCUGAUGGUGAAAUUCCCUGGGACACCAAAAACCCCUCCGUAAUGUCAAACGGCAUGUCAAACGGACCAGGCGCGUGCGCCGAGCCGGCCGAGCCGCCAUCCAGCCAGGCCGAGACCCCCUCCUCGCAGGCAGACUGCCAGGGCGGGCCUAAGGGUGUUAAAAUUCCAGACGAGAACCUAACACCGCAGCAGCGCGCGCACCGCGAGGAACAGCUGGCCACCAUCAGGAAGAUGCACCAGAUCCUCUUCCCCGAGAACCCCCCCAACCCCAACCAGUCCGGGGACCCCUCCCCGGACAUCAACCCGCCCAACUCCAGCGCCAACAUGAACAUACCCUACCCACCCAUGUCCAUGGGCCCCAACGGCCCUAUGGGCUCCGGACCCAUGUCCACCAUGUCUAACAUGUCCAACUCCGGCCCCUCCUGUACGAUGUCCAUGGGCAUGGGUCCCAUAGGCCCGAACGGCCCCAUGAUGGGCUUGGGGCCGGGCAUGAUGUCCCACGGCAAUAUGGGGCCGAAUGGCAUGAUGGGGCCGAACGGGCCUAUGAUGCCGGGGAUGGGGCCGAACGGGCCGAUGGGGCCUAUGUGCGGGAUGAAGGGGAUCAGGGGGCCGUGCGGGGGGCCGGAUAUGAAAGGCGGCAUGUGUAGUGACAUGCACAUGGGUAGAGGUUGCGGCGGCCCUAUGGGGCGCAUGCCUAAUCCUAUGGGCGGAAUGGGCGGCCCUAAGCCCUGUAUGAUGGGCGGUCCACACAUGGGGCCCAGAAUGAUGCCGGGACCUAACAUCAACGCCAUGAACGGUGGUAUAAUGAUGGACGGCAUGAUGUUGGGGCACGGAGACUGCGGCCCUGAGCACCACGGGAUGCCAAACGGGCCACAGUGCGACGAAUACGGCAGGAGAAACAUGGGUCCAGGUGACCCGGGCGGGCCGGGCGGGCCGGGCGGGCCGGGGCUGCACAAGGCCGGGCUGCGCAGCCCCAAGAGCCCCGCCACCACCGGCGACAUCGACUGGCAGAAGAUACACCACCAGUUCUUCGACGACCCCAAGUCCAUGGACACUGACCUGAGCACGCAAGUUAAGUCGCCGUGUUCGGAGCGAGGGGGCUGCCUGCCCCCGCCGCCUUACGGCGCCUCCCCGCUGCACCGCUCCGCCUCAGUGCCUAUAGCCACGCAGUCUCCGGGGCACGGCGCGCAGCUGCCCAUGUCGGCGGAGGCCUCGCGCGCCGGCUCCGGCCUCAACAGCCCCGCGCACUGCAAGCCCCAGGCCAAGCAGGACGCGCCAGAAAUACUGGAGAAAUUGGACGAUGGCGUUUUUGUGCGCACUCUGCAAUGCCUAGCGGCGCAACAGCAGAAGAACCAGCAGGCGGGCGUGGACGCCAGAACGGGGAAAGAGCCCAGCCUGAUGCCCGUGCCCUCGCCGCAGCAAAUAUCGUAUCUCAACCAGUUCGAAGGUCAAGAGUUGACGAUACAGAAACAGCCUAACACGUCUUUGAAAGACAACGGGCCUCCUUCGAACAGCGGCGGGCAGACGCCGCAAUCUAACUCGAACCAGAAAUCACCCGCUGGGAUGAUGCCUGGCACGCCAGAACCUCACUCGUCGCUAUCAGAACAGCGGGCGGGCAGGUUCUCACUAGAACAGAGUCCAGGGUUCAACAACCCUCAGACACCGACGUCGCAAGGAAACAAAUGUGGACAAGAUGAGAAAUCGAGGCCAAGCCCGUCCUCAAACCGGUCGCAGGACCCCUCCAAGACCCCUCAGCGCGACGGCCUCAGCCAGGGGCCGUACGCGCCGGCCUCUUCAGGUUCCUGCGCUAAAAGCAGUUGCAGCGUGGUCAACAGCGCGGCGGGCGUCGAUGACUCUAUGACAGGAAAUAAUGACUCGACGUUACCGGGCGGCCCUAGCACGAGCCUCCCGGGCCCCUUUCCCGGCCCGUGCAGCAUGAACAGGCCGGACAACAUCCCCAUCAACCCCAACCAGGGCCCCAACGGCCCUAUGACUUCCACCUCCUCAUUCGACCCCAUAUCCUCGCUCGCGCAGAUGUCACAACAGCUCACCAACACCGUCGGCGGAGGGGGCCCCGGCCCCGGCCCCAUGGGGCCCAACGGGAGCGGGAUGGGGCCUUUCGGAUCCGGCCCGCAUCAUAUGCAGCAUCACCAUUCUAUGCAUCCGCAUGGACAUCCGCAUAUGAUGAUGAAUGAUUUAGGUUGCCACAUGGACAACAUGGGUGGCCCGGGCAUGGGCGGUCCCAUAGAGGGCAUGAUGGGUGGCGACUUCCCGCCCGACAUGAACCUCAGCCCCAAGAUGGGCGGGCCUAUGGGGCCCAUGGGGCCCGACGCCAUGAUGGGGCCCCGGAUGGCCGGCGGCAAAAUGCCGCCGUUCAACGGCGCCAACGUACAGGUAAAAGCUAGCGCGCCCAACACGAUACAGUAUUUACCCACGCGGCCUCAGAUGCCCUGCAACUCGGGCCCCCGAGGCCCCCCGAGCCUGGACUUCCUGCAGCGAGUCACUAACCCCAUGCAGAUGGACAGUAAAGGCGUGCAGUACUUCCCGCGCGGCAUGGACAUGGACGGCGGCAUGCGCGGCGUCAUGCGCGCUCCGGGCGGCAUGUUACGCAUGCCGCACUACCCCCCCGGGUUCAACUCCCCGCCCAAAAUGCCCCAAGACCCCUUCGGCAACCCCGGACCCAACCCCAUGUGCGGCCCCAACUUCCGAGGCGUCAAAGGCAUGCCCGGUAACGUGAGGAUGGGCAGCGCGCAACCCCUCCCCCCCUCCAUGGGCGGCCCCGGGCCGGGUUUCAAAGGACAGUCCUUCGCAGUCCCGUCGACGGCGGACCCCAACUACGCGGCGCAGUUCCACAACUUCCAGCAGCAGCUGUACGCGACGGGGUCCAGGGCCGCGCAGCCGCACGCUGGCUACCCGUACGCGCCGAACAAGUGA